UUAUAAUUUUCGCUGCUCACAUCAGCAAUGGCCAGCACCUCUCGGAAUGCCUCACGGGGCAGAAAUACAGCAGUUUCGCAAUCCCAGGUGGAAUCAUGGCCCGUGGAAAUCGACAACCAAGUGCGGGCCAUGCUCAAUUUCAUUCUAUGCCAUUCGGCCAAUAAAGUGCCCAUCAAAUUAAAUGAUUUGAUGCCCCUGGCGGAAAACAAAAACGAGUUAAAUAAGCGGAUUCCGAUUGUAAGCAAACUACUCGAAGAACGCUAUGGAAUCAAGCUCAUUCAGCUUGAGGGAACACCUAAGAGAUAUAUCUGCGUAUCCGAGAUGCCGGCGACGUCCAUAUUCGAAAUUACGGCCGCACAACGGCCCCAAUUUACAUUGUUGUACAUUAUAUUGACGUACAUCUUUUUACGCGGCAAUCGGAUUGAGGAGAAUAAACUCUAUGACAUGCUGGACAUGUUGGAAGUCAACGUGCACGAGGAGCAUGGAUAUUUUGGGGCGAACAUAUCCAAACUAAUCGAAGAUACGUUCGUGAAGCAGCAGUAUCUGAAGCGAGAGCGCUCACAGCUCAGCUCCUAUGAUGAUCUCAAGAUUAGCUACACUUGGGGACCACGGGCCAAAUCCGAGUUUACCUAUGAGCAAAUUGUCCAGUUCGCAUCCAAGUUGUUCGACCAGGACGUCGCCUUCUUUCAGAAACAGCUUAUGAUGGCUGAGGGCAUCGAUAAUCCCGAGAUGUUGGAACAUAUUUCGAUGGCCAGCGUCAAUAACGCCGAAACAAGCUAUAUUGACUUAAAAUCAGAGCACACAAACUCAAUAGAUACUGAUAGCCAAUAAAACGGUUGAUAUAGUUCAAACAA